GACCUCUCUCGCCCCGCCCUCUCCCGCUUUCUCCGUUCCCAUUGGUCAAUUUGGAAAGCCAAUCACGGAGCUAGUCCAAUCAAGUGGCGGCGUGGGCGGUGGGAGGGGCUCAGAGGCGGGGCCCCGCCCACCACCCGCCUGAGGGAGCGGCCGCGGCGGGGACGCGCUCUACUCUUAGGAAACGCCACCAACUCCUCACAGCACAGAAGCCCAGCAUGAAUGGGAACUGUGCUGGGGGCACAGACUGGUUGAGAAAUCUGGAGUCCAGUUGUCCUGUGGAAAACAGAACUGCAGCAGCCCGUGAGUCAGAAGAAAGUUCUGUGGUGUUAGGAGGUCACAGCCCUGCAGUUCCCAGGACUGAGGGUUUGGAUUCUGAAUGCCGACACAACACUUGCCCAGUAAAUCCCCAGAUCUGUAACAUGCUGUCUGCUCCUGAAGAACCUCACAGCUGCCAUAUCCCAGAUGGAAAUAAGAGACAGCUGGAAUAUUUUAGUACCCAGGAACGCCAUGGAUGCUGUGCAUUGUCUUCAAGCAGCAGUUCCCAGACAGUAGCUCCAGAGAAAGUGACCCUGGUGGUGGAUGGCACCCGCUUUGCAGUGAAUCCCCAGAUCUUCACUGCUCACCCUGACACCAUGCUGGGAAGAAUGUUUGGGCCAGGCAGAGAAUACAAUUUCACCCGGCCAAACGAGAAGGGCGAGUACGAGAUCGCAGAAGGGAUCAGCUCAGCCGUGUUCCGCACCGUGCUGGAUUAUUACAAAACCGGAAUCAUUAAUUGCCCUGAUGGGAUUUCCAUCCCAGACCUUCGAGACACAUGUGAUUACCUCUGCAUAAACUUUGAUUUCAACACAAUCAAAUGUCAAGAUUUAAGUGCUCUGUUACACGAGCUCUCCAAUGAUGGGGCUCACAAGCAGUUUGACAGCUACCUGGAGGAGCUGAUCCUGCCCAUCAUGGUGGACAGCGCGCGGAAGGGCGAGCGGGAGUGUCACAUCGUGGUGCUGACCGAUGAGGACACCGUGGACUGGGAUGAGGAUCAUCCACCUCCCAUGGGAGAGGAGUAUUCUCAAAUCCUUUACAGUUCCAAGCUGUACAGAUUCUUCAAGUACAUCGAGAACCGGGAUGUGGCAAAAGCUGUGUUGAAGGAGCGGGGCCUGAAGAACAUUCGCAUUGGCAUCGAAGGGUAUCCCACGUGCAAGGAGAAGGUGAAGAGGAGGCCUGGUGGCCGCUCUGAGGUGAUCUACAACUACGUGCAGCGACCCUUCAUCCAGAUGUCCUGGGAGAAGGAGGAGGGCAAGAGCCGCCAUGUGGAUUUCCAGUGUGUUCGCAGCAAAUCCCUGACAAACCUGGUCACGGUGGGGGAUGAUGUCUCAGAGGACCACGAGGUUAUCAUGCAUCACCCCCCACAAGUGGAUGAACUGGACAGACUGAACGCCCCCUUCUCCCAAAUGGUUGUUAAUGAUCUACCGGAUUAGUGUGGCUCAGGGUGGAGAAUCCUGCUGGAUGUGGGAGACUCUCACCACAGUUUCAUCCCAGGUGAUGGGACACAGACUCCUGCAAGGUGCUUUAUCCUCGUUCAUGCUCUUACUACGUUGUCAUAUUUCAAGCAUGUUAAUAAAGAGCCACACUCCAUAGUCUUAA